AUGCGACGGCUUCCCCGGUACCGCACGGUGGUCCGGAGGGAGUUCACGACUUGGAUUCGCGACACACUCGCGCCGAUCGCGCCCGCGCGAUCUGGAGUCCCCAUCACGACAGGCGCCGCCGCGGCCGCGCUGGAGGCUGCGGAGAACGAGCGGCUAAGGGUCAGGGCCGCGGCGCGUCGCGACUCGGCCAUCGCCGAGAAGCUCGGCGAGGAGAAGCAUCUCACCCUCGAUCCGCUCAUCAGCGAGUACUCGGUCGAUUCCCCCGAGGGCGUCGCCCUCAUGCAGCUCGCCGAGGCGCUCAUCCGGACGCCCAAGGAGGCUGGACGGUACAUGCCCGCGCGGCUUAUCCGCGACAUGCUCGGCGCCGGUAACCUCGAUUUUUUAUCCCACUUCGGCGGCGAUAAGAGCUUGCUCAUCAACGCCAGCAGCGUCGCGCUGUCCACCGUCCGCGGCAUACUCCCCAAGCACGUCCCGGGCGGCGACUUCUUCGACGAGUCCACGAGGGGUUUGGCCGGGAAGGGAAGCGACGCCGUCCUCGAGGUCGGCGUCACCAGGGCUCUGGGCCUCAUGGCCCGCAAGUUCACCAUGGGCGCCAACAUCGAGGCCGCCGCGCGCCGCGCCAUGCGUGCGGAGACGUACAACCCCCAACGAUCGCACUCCUUCGACAUGCUGGGCGAGGGCGCCAGGACGUAUGAGGACAGCGCGCGGUACCUGGCAUCGUACGCGCACGCGGCCGAGGCGAUUCAGGCGGCAGGGUUCAGGUCGCCCCAGAUGAGCGUCAAGCUAUCGUCGCUGUCGCCGAGGUUCGACGAGCUGUCCAGGCGCGAGUGCGUCCCGGAUCUGUCCUCCAAGCUCGGGUCGCUGUUCCCAAUCGCUGACGGCCCCAACGCGUUCACCGUGUUUGUGGACGCCGAGGAGCAGAACCGCCUGGAGCUGACCCUCUCCGUCGUCGAGAACGUGAUCAGGGAGCGCGCGCCUCCGCGUAUUGGGGUGGUCGUGCAGGCGUACGGUCGCAGGGCGAUGGAAACCUUGGAGUACCUGCGCGAGCUGGCUGUGAGGUACCCCGAGACCAAGAUCAGCGUCCGGCUGGUUAAGGGGGCGUACUGGGACGCAGAGAUCAAGCAGGCACAGCUCCUGGGCGCUGAUUCGUACCCGGUCUGGACGGAGAAGAGGCAGACGGACGUGAGCUACCUCGCGUGCGCCUCCUUCCUCCUGGAAAACUCCGACACGCUCCCCAUGCCCGCCUUUGCGACGCACAACGCGCGAACGGUGGCUGAUAUUCUGUCCAUGGUCGACGGCGACAUGGACGAGUUCACCAGACGCGGGUGCGAGUUCCAGAGGCUGCACGGCAUGGGCGAGUCGUUCGACUACUGCGGAUUGCCCGUUCGGGUGUACUCUCCCGUGGGUGCGCCCAACGACCUGCUCGCGUAUUUGGUGCGGCGGCUCCUCGAGAAUGGCGCAAAUUCCAGCUUCCUCAAGAGGCUAGCGCAGGGGCGCGACGACCUGAUGAACGUGGACGUCCUGUGCGAGCGGGAGCCCGAGGUGUCCACCGUGAUAGGCACCCCCGUCGUCGUCGCCGAGGAGAGUUCGGGGCACCCCAACUUCCCGGCGGCGUUCGCGGCGCAAAAGGCGUACGGUCCCGCGUUCAAACCUCUGGUUUGCACCGGCGAGGACAGUCUCGCCGAGUUGACGGCUCGUCUGGGUACCUUCAGGCCCAACACCGCCAAGGCGAGCGACACGAUCAGGUCCCGCGCGACCGUCUUGAGGAAAGCUGCCGACAUCGUCGAGCGCGAUUCGGUCGCCAUGUCCAAGAUGAUCAUGGAGGAGGCCGGUAAGACCCUCGUGGACGCGGUGAACGAGGUGCGCGAACUCGUGGACUUUUUACGCUUCUACGCCAACCAGGCGGAGACGCAUCUGGCCGACCCCAAGCGCCUCAGGACCGUCACCGGCGAAUCCUGCCUGCUCCAGGCGCAGCCCCGCGGGCCUUGGCUGUGCGUCGGGCCGUUCAACUUCCCGUUCGCCAUCGUCGGCGGCCUCGCGUCCUCGGCGUUCGUCGCUGGCAACCCCGUGGUGAUCAAGCCCCAUCCGUCGACCCCUAGAUGCGCUGCUGCGCUUGUGGACGUCCUCCUCGAAGCCGGCGCGCCCGAAGGUUCGCUCGAAGUGGUUGUCGACGGACCGUUACCGGAGGGGUCGCGGGGCGCGCGAGAGGGUCAGUCCGACGCGGGAGCCGCGCUCGUGUCGUCCGGCGAGUUCGCGGGAGUGUCCUUCGUGGGUUCCACCCGCACCGCCGCCAAGAUCAACCACGCACUGGCGCUCAACUCCGUGGAGAAGAGGGCGCCGCUCGCCAGGCUCGUCGCAGAGACUGGCGGCCUCAACGUCCUCGUAGCUGACUCAUCGGCGCUCCCCGAGCAGGUGUGCGACGCGGUGCUCGCGUCCUUCGCCCAGUCCGCGGGGCAGAGGUGUUCAUCCGCGAGGAUCCUCGUGGUGGAUAACGGGUGCAAGAACGAGCUGACCAGGAUGAUCCAGGGCGGCCUGUCCGCCAUGCGUGUCUCCAAGAACAAUUUCGACCUCUCCACUGACGUCGGCCCGCUCAUCUCGGAGGUCGCCGCCGACAAGGCGAGGGCGCACUGUGACGCGCUCGAGUCCGGCGGCGCCAAGAUGCUCGCCCGCACGAUCGGCGAGGACGAUGGCGCCCUGUUCCAUCCUAGGGUGUACGACCUCAACCCGCAGCCCGGUUCCGAUCCCGUCGCGGGUCUUAACCUCCUGGAGGAUGAGGUGUUUGCGCCAGUGCUCCACGUGGUCACGUACGACGGCUCUCAGGCUGAGCUCGAACGAGUGAUCGAGGCUGUCAACAGGAAGGGAUACGCCCUCACCGGCGGCGUCAUGACCCGCUGCGAGUCCACCAAGGCGCUCGUCACCAACAAGCUGGACUGCGGCAACUUUUACAUCAACCGCGACGUCGUUGGCGCGGUGGUUGAGUCCCAGCCUUUCGGCGGGCACGGCCUAUCCGGCAACGGCGUCAAGGCUGGCUCAGAAGGGUACCUCGAGCAAUUCGUCGCGCACAAGGUCAUAUGUGAGGACACCACCGCGGCUGGAGGUAACGUCGAGCUGAUGAGGACGACAACUUAAGCCCAACAGAGACUCUUCCCGGGUGCGACGAUGAGUGAAGAGAGGUUGGACUCUGAAAAGGCGGUGCAAACCCUGUUCAACAGGGCAAACACAUCCGCGCCGUCGGUCGUUCUCAUCGACAUGUACAACGCACCACUGUAUGUAUGAAUACGUUGAGUAUUGAACGGUUGAAGCAGCAACAUGGCAUUCUUUGGGUUUCAUCAAACCGCAGAUGCAUAAAUACGAUCCAUUUUUUAAAAUCCUGUCGCUAC